AUGUAUCGAUUAUUUCAGGAUGUUACUCAUACUUUUGCUCGUUCAAGCUGUGCUUACGAGAGAUGAAAAGAUUCUCACAUUGGAAGAAGCGGAGAAGCUCAGAGGUGCUGAUCUUGAAGAGUACGUUCGGACCCAUCAAAUGCUGUUCAAGGUUGGGGUAACACCCGCUGCUGAGGAAGGAAUGAAACAUUUGAUGGAUUUCAAGUACUUAGACAUGCCAGAUGAGGCACCGAUAGUGAAAGUGGAUUCUGAUGAGGAACCACCUGAUUUCUUCGAUGCGCGUAAACAGUGGCCGAACUGCAAAUCAAUCACCUAUAUCCGUGACCAGUCAAAGUGUGGUUCGUGCUGGGCAGUAUCCGCUGCAGAAACAAUGGGCGAUCGACUAUGUGUGCAGUCGAAUGGGCGCAUAAAUGUACAUAUGUCCGACACUGAUAUUCUAGCCUGUUGCGGAGAAUUUUGCGGUCAUGGGUGCAACGGUGGCUACUCGUUCAAAGCCUGGACAUAUAUGAUAGAGCAUGGCGUUGUCACAGGAGGACGGUACAGGGAGAGGGGCGUAUGCAAACCAUAUUCAUUCCACCCGUGUGGCAACAAAACUGGUCAGCCUUACUACGGAGAAUGUCCAUCAACGAAAUACGAAACUCCAAAGUGCCGAACAAUAUGUCAACAAGGCUACAACAUCAAGUAUCCUGAGGACAAAUAUUAUGGCCUCACGGCAUACCGUCCCGACAAAGACGAAAAAGAAAUAAGGAAAGAAAUAAUGAAAAAUGGUCCAGUACAAGCUGCCUUUACCACUUAUGCAGACUUCAAAUUAUACAAAGGAGGAAUCUAUCGACACUUAGCCGGAGAGAGAAGCGGAAGCCAUGCUGUCAAGCUCUUAGGUUGGGGUAGCGAAAACGGAACUGAUUACUGGAUUCUUGCUAAUUCUUGGGGUGUGACGUGGGGUGAAGAUGGAGGAUAUUUCCGUAUGGUUCGUGGGGAAAAUGAAUGCGGUUUGGAAGAGAAGAUAUACGCAGGAAUGAUGAAAGUUUAGAAUCAUCAUCCUACAUGGAUUCAAACUAACUCAAAUUCAAUCUGCAC